UUGCCAUUCAAGGCAUCUUUAUUCCAUCAAACAGUUUUGGCCCUGAAGCCACUGUUAUAUAAACGUUUUCCUUUUGAGCUCCAUCUCAAAAUCAUAUUUGCCUAUCACAGCUAAUUUCUAACUUCCUAGCUCAACUUGUUUUCCUUUUUACAAAACAAUGCCUCUGGAAACAAGCAAGCCUGACCAGUCCACUGGUGAAGAAGAUAAACAUAGACACCUUGACAAAGAAAUCAGAGACAUGGUCUCCGCCAUAACUCACCGUAUAUCUGGUAUUCAUAGGCCCGGAUCAAGCCACCGUGAAGAUGAUGAUGAUGAGCACGGUGAGAGAAUUAUAACACUUUGUGGAAACAAUGCUGGAGCCACAAUGCGAAGUGAGUUGGAUGAGAAAUCCAGUCCCCAUGGAAUUUCACUUGACGAACCUGAUUCAUUGAGUACCUAUGUGAACAGCAAUUUCCAAGCUGUCAACAAUUCAAUCAUGCUCGGCGGCAGCUACAACACCAAUGAUCCAGGCGUCCAUUUGGACGUUUCGGAUAUUUUUGAACACGAGGGCAAGAAGAAGCCAGCAGAUAAGCCCAGAAGGAGAGGAAAGAAAAAAGAGAAGGAUUCCUCCCAAAGUGAACAUUCCGAUUAAGUUAAUGAACAAGAAAACCUGGUAUAAAAUAAAUCUUUGUAUUGCUUUACCAUCCAAGAUUAUGUUUGCAUGACCGCAUGUAAAAGGUACAAAUCUAAGGGAAUUGGAGUAUUCCCAUAGCAUAACUAUGUUUCUUUCUUGUUAAUGUCUUUGCCAUAGAUACCGUUUGGUUUUUUCUGCAUGAUUGUUAGCCAUGGUCUAGGUUGUCAGCCAUACAAAUAAUAAUCAAGUGUUGAACUUUGGAGUUCAUACUCAUCCUCUUGAAUUUUUUAAUGCAAGAAGCUGACGCAUUCUGAUGAAUUCUCUCAUCCCAAUGCCUCGAAGC